UAUAACUAUAUUAUAUGAUCGUUUUUUCCACUCUUACUACAGUACCAGACCUGAAGCAUCGGCGGACAUUCCAAUGCAGUUUUGGUGGGAGCAGCGAUCAACCCUAAUGUCAAUACUUUUGGGCUCUUCACUUCACCUCAUUUGCUUGCUGUUGUCUGCCAAACCUUGCUUUGCUUUCAAGGCUGUGAUGGAAGCAAACUGCAGGGCUGGCUCAAGGCCCUCCUGGAGGCUUAAUUCGGUCUCAAAUACCAAUAUUGAUACUAUUUCUAGUGGUCGUUCCAGGCCCUGCCAGGAACAGUUUUGAGCUAUGGUGAAGAUGGUGGAUGAGGAAGCGCCUGCGGCCAGCUACACAUCCUGCCAAAUGGGCGCCUUGAUUUUCGUCACUGGGCUCAGCCUGUUCAACUUCAGCUACACCGCUUCCAACAUUGGAGGUGUGCUCUUAUACAUUGACCGCGCACAUACAGACUGCUCCAAAGACGCCAUUUGCCUCGACAGCUCUUUGAUGAAGGGCAUUUUAGUUUCCUCCUGCUUAGUUGGCGCAUUCUCCGGUGCUUUGUUCGCUGGCACUUUGGCAGUUCGAUACGGACCAAGGACAAUUCUCCUGGCGAACAACUUCUUCUUCAUUGUCGGGUCAAUCAGCAGCGCGUUGGCACCAGGCAUCCUGUGCCUGAUCCUUGCCAGAUGUGUUGUUGGCAUUGGUGUCGGCAUUGCUUCAGCCCUGGUCCACGUGUACAUUGGAGAGGUUGUGCCAGCUGAUCGGCGUGGUGAACAUGGAGCUACACUGGUGAUGAUGGGCACAGGAGGGAUUCUGGUGGCCAACCUGACCUGCUGGUUACUCUCUCACCAUUGGCGCUGGGUCCUGGCACUUGGAUGUGUGCCGGCCAUGAUUCAGCUUGUUUGGGGUUCAAUGAUCAUGCCCGAGUCGAGUUCAUGGAGUGCGCCACGUGCCAACUGUGGUCGUUUACGUGCCCUUGAAAUGGUAUGCCACCAGAAUUCAGAUGAAAGAGACCUCGAGAAUCCAGAGGAUAGUGAAAAAAGCGACGACACUUGCCUUCUUGAAUCUGGUGCUGGUUGGUCGAACUUGUGGCAGUCGAUUCUUACCGGGCAAGCAAUCCCGCCUUUGAUCAUUGGCUGUGGUCUGCACGUGUUGGCACAGGCUUCUGGAAUCAAUGUAAUCAUCUACUAUGGGCCAAAGAUGUUUACGCUUGCAGGUCUUCCAAACUCCACGGCCGUUUUUGUGAGCGCGGGCAUCAGCUUUGCACAAAUGUGCUCAACCUUGCUGUUGUCACGCAUGGUGGAUCGGGUCGGACGAAAGCCAAUGAGCUACAUUGGACUUAGCUUCAUGCUUCUGAGUCUAUGUGGCAUUGCUUGCAGCUACUGGCUGCCUCCAAGCCAUUUGGCUGGUUGGCUUGCCCUGGUCUCAUGUUUCUGCUUUCGGGUGGCCUUCUCCGUCUCUUUGGGGCCUUUGCCAUACAUCAUCACGGCAGAGAUCUUCCCGGAGCCCAUUCGAACCCCAGGAGUCUCCUUCUGCCUCGCAGUGAAGUGGGUGGCAAACUUUGCCAUCGCAUUGAGCUGGUUACCCCUGUCUGAGGUGUUCACCUUGGCUGGCACCUUUGUUCUUUACUUUGCCAUGUGCGUGUUGAGCAUUUUCUUCUUGGCCUUCUACGUCCCAGAGACCUCGGGCAAGACCUUGGGGCAGGCGUCCCAAGCGGUGUGGAAGAAGUUGCAGGAUACGAGCGAUAUGAGCCCCUGAGGCCCUUCCCAGUCAAACUCAACAAACCUGUUUGCUGGAAGAGGUGUAGAGGCACCUUGGAAAUCCGUAGAAUUUAUCAGCAACUGAAACCUGAUGCUGUGCAUGAUGUCUCACCAAACUUCGGUGCAGCCUUUUCGAAACAAAAGGUUUCACUGAUGCCAAUGCUCCGAGAAUACCCCGCCUCGGAACCAGGAAUGGACAUGAAUUGACUGAACUGGAC